AUGGGUAAGGUAAAUACUGACGAUGUUGCGGACAGAUCAGAGAUGGGAGGUGAAGUGUACGAUGCAUUACUACUUACAGCUGGAGCAAUUGGAGUUUCAAUGGCAUCUAAGAAACUACUGAAGGAACCGUUAGGUACAUCAGAGAACACAAAGGGAAUGUUAAAGUUAGCUGUCUCUGUUAGUCUUUCAUCCCUACUGGUGGCGUACCUGAAGAAACAUAGGUUUAUCCCUGAUAAUCCAACUAAACCUGUAAAGAAGAAAAAGGAUAUCUGA